CUUCCAGCACAGUGAAAUCAACAAAAGGGUGUAUAAUUUACCAUUCUUUGUGCCGGAGGGGUUCAAAGAGUAGCAUACAUUCUACGCACUUCAUUCCCUUCCCAUAAUAAUAUUCACAGAAUCCCAGAUUGAUUUGGAGAGCUGGCUAUAGACACUAGAGACGACCUGGACAAUAUUAUAGUGACGGAGUUUCCCUUUGCCAAGCAAGGUUCUUGAACAUGGAUAUUCCACGCGGACGAUGCUGGCGUUGCGAGGAGAAGCUUCCCUCAGGCCGCGUCAUGUACUGCGACUACUGCCCUCAGCCGGUGUACUGCGAUGCGGCAUGCAGGGAGAGAGAUCGCAUCAGACACCGUGCCGUAGAGUGCGAGGUGUUCGGCACCAAGAAGUGCAGCGAGUGCGGAUGUCAAGAUGAUGUCAAAGAGUGUGCACAGUGCAGCAAUGCAUGGUACUGUAACAGGGAGUGUCAAGUGAGCAACUGGAAAGAGCAUAAACAAGCAUGCAGUGCGCUGAAGUCAACCAUCAAGUCACUGGCUUCUAUGUUGGGCAGAAGAAACACUAGUAUAGGAGAGACCGAGAGGACCUCUGACCCGCCGUAUUACUUCGGAAACACCAUCGCAAGGGAUUUUCUCAGGCUCCUCGACAUCGAAUGGUCUGACGAGAAGGUCAAGAGGGAGCUGGCGAGAGAUUUCCAUGUGCUGUCAGCUGGAUGCGGAGACCUACGAAGCACUGUACUGACGGUCGGCUCGCUGCCGGACGAAUACACCGGGAAACUUUACAUCACCCUGAAUGACUUUGAUCCCUUCGUCAUGGCGAGGAAUGUCUUGUUCCUCUACAUGCUGGCUCGUUUUGCAGACACUGAGGGAAUUGAGAGCAGUCUGACUACCAUCUGGUACUCCCUCCACAUUAAAAAGAAAGAGUUCGACCUAAUCGUCACAUGCCUGGAUGAGCUCAUUCCGAUGGAUAUGAACAAUCUCCGUAAUUCUUGUAAAGGAUUGAUCAAUGUUCAUGGUUUAGACAUGGAAUAUCUUCGCCAGGUCUGGCAAGGUUGGCGCUCUUUAAACUGCCAACGUGACCAGAAAACGUCGAUCAACCUUCGGAAACAGAGACGGGAGAUUUUUGCAAAGGAAGACGAAAGAGCAAUCCCAACAUAUCUUUCUAAGCUAAGCAAGAAGGAUAAGAAACUGAUGGAAAGUUGGUUUGACCAUGGGUUGUUCUUACCUUCGGAAGUUCACCAAAGUACAAUACCUUUUGAUAACCCGACGCUAACAGGGCGGACGAGUUUAGCAACCUUUUAUGCUUGCGAUUCCGCUAAUGUGCGUAAGGCGAAACAAAAGGCUCAUGGUCUGAAAGCUCCAGAGGAGUACACGUUCCAGUACUGCAUCAGAGCAGAUUCGUUCCCCUUUAUGGUGUGGGAUUGCUUGAGGGUGAAAGAGUCCGUGCCCAGACCUGGCUCCUCCCCGAUGGUGAUGUACCACACCUACGUGACUAGUCUCCUCCUCAAGAUGAAAUCGCUCAUCACUCAGGAAAGGCUUUGUCUACAUGUGUCUCUGGCAAACUGUCUGGACUUUCCCAACCAUCAUAAGAACUUACGAUUACCAAACUACGAUCGGAUCUUCACCUCAAAUCUUGUUGACUACGUCGGCUUUGCUAAGAUCCUCCGUACCUUCAAGCCAUUGCUGAAUCGCCAGAACACUUUCUCGGCCAUCGUAACGGAGACGACCAACUGGUUUCUGUGUACACCAGGCGCUGACGUCAUGUCCUGCCAAGACUCUAAAGACUAUGUGAACUGCGUCAGUAAGGAUUACUCCGACACCAGGAAGGCGAAUCCGUUCUGUAAUCCACGUGAGUACUUCAACAGCACCCCUCACUUCCUAGCGUUUCUUCGGGCCGACAUCAUGGGAGGCGGCCUCAGCAUAGACGCCUCUGAGAAUAUCCCUUCACUCAACGCUGCGAUGACGUACAAUGGUAUGCAGAUGAACGACUUCCGGAAGACUCUGAAUAGACUUGUACCAUUCCAGUACAGAGUGAAUGCCCGCGAUCUGACCAUGAUGAAUGGUGCAGACAGGGCUGUUGAGUGGUACCUACCACAACCAAAACCAAAAACCUUGCCCCCUCUCCCCGAUCAUGAUUAAAGCAUAAGGAAUGUUUCCAUACAUCCACAGGUCCUCGCUUGCUCCCCCACCCCUAACUGAAAAUGGAUACGCCACUGACGGUUUUGUAGGAAGUAGUGUUUGUGGUAGGUUGGAGAUUAUUUGUAAUGGGUAAAUACAUGUUUGUGUGUACUUCAUGACA